GGUGAUGAUGCCACAGCUGAACCUCGAGGUCUGUAGCCACUCGUACUGAGCUGUCACAGGCAGCAUCUUCUGGCUCCUGCCUCAUCCCCAAAGGGCUGAGCUGGUGGGGUCCAUGGUGCCCCACUGUGUGCCACAGCAGGGUAUCAGUGAGCGAGGCACAGCACGGGGCAGCCAGGCAAGGUGCUGCUGUGGUGCUGCUGGGCUGGGAUCAGCAGGAUGAUGACUCGGCAUGGUUGGGCAGUGCCCCUGCACCACCGGGCACCCUGACACCCGUGGCUGGAGCCCUCCUGCCAUGGCGACCCUGAAAGGAGCCCUUUAAGUGGCAAUAACAGCUUCUCCCACUGCCCACAGAUGUUUGGGUUCCUGCCAAUGAUAUCGGCCCACCCUUCCCUCCUUCCCUCCUUCCCGCCCGCCCUCCUCCGGACUGGGACCAGCAGAGCCAGCCGCGCUGCCGUGGGAGCCUCUCUGUUUUCCCAGCACCGCCGCUGUCCCGCAUGCCCAGCCGGGCAACCACUGGGCCAGGACGACCUCGCCACCAGACCGGGUCAGUGAAGGAGUCAGGCCGCCGGGAGAACCCUCCGGGGACUCAGCGAUGCUGGGGCUGCGCCGCAGCCGCUUCGGGACCGGUGAGCAGGGUGGGGGAAAGCCCCAUGGGGCUUUAUCUGCUUGAGGGGCCGGGCCAGCAUGGAGCCAGCCAGCACCCUUCCCAACAUCUCCAGUAACAGCAGCGGCGCCGGCAGCGCCCCACACUCACCAGCAGCCACGGGACUCAUCUUGCUGGCCGCCCUGUCCGUCCUGCUGGCCACGCUGGUGGGCAACGCUCUGGUGGUGGUGGCCAUCUCCACUAGCCGGGCUCUGCAAGCCCCACAGAACCUCUUCCUUGUGUCCCUGGCCUCGGCAGACAUCCUGGUGGCCAUCCUCGUCCUGCCUUUCUCACUGGCCAACGAGGUGAUGGGCUACUGGUACUUUGGUGGGCUGUGGUGCAGCCUGUACCUGGCGCUGGACGUGCUGCUCUGCACCGCGUCCAUCGGGCACCUCUGUGCCAUCAGCCUCGACCGCUACUGGGCCGUCACACGGGCGGCACGGCUCAACCUGCGCCGCAGCCCUCGGCGGGUGAAGGCCAUGAUCGGGGCGGUGUGGGCGGCAGCGGCCCUGGUGGCACUACCACCGCUCCUGCGGCCGCGGCCGGGCGGGAGGGAGUGCCAGCUGAGCCAGGAGACCUGGUACGUGCUGGCCUCCUGUGCUGCCUCCUUCUUCGUCCCCUGCCUCGUCAUGGUCGCUGUCUACUGCCGCAUCUACCGCCUGACUGCCCGGCGGGCGGCCGCCCUGCUCGCUGCCCGCUCCCCGUGCCCCUCCAGCGGUGAUGGAAAGGUGUCGGGAGUUGGGAUGCCGGGAUGGAGGCGCCGGAGCCAGCACCAGAGCGUGUUGCUGUGCCGCCGCCGGCUGGUGCGGGCGAGGGAGCGGCGCUUCACCGUCGUGCUGGCUGUGGUGAUGGGGGCCUUCGUGCUGUGCUGGUUCCCCUUCUUCUUCACCUACAGCCUGGGGGCUCUCUGUGGGAAGGGCUGCCACGUGUCCAAGCCCCUCUUCAACUUCUUCUUUUGGAUCGGCUACUGCAACAGCAGCGUCAACCCCCUCAUCUACACCCUCUUCAACCGGGACUUCCGUGCUGCCUUCCGCCGGCUCCUCGCUGUCCCCCGCCGGCACUGCACUUAGGGACACAUUGGGACACCGGGGACGUGGCCCCCAGCCCUGCUCAGUGCUCACAGCAUCUGGCCCCACCACAGAGCUUGGAUGGCAGUGCCAGUGUGCAGCUUGAGGUGCUUCUGGAGAUGCAGGACUGAAUAAAACGAGACCAAAGCCUGUGCCUGGUGCUGGCGUCUGCCUCCAGGGAGCCCAAAAAGCAGCACCAGCUGCCAGCACCUUUUGUCACCUGCAUCACCCCACAUGUAUGUCUUGCAGCAGUGAUGGUGACAACUUGCUGUGGCAGCUCCAGUGAGUAUCAGCCCUCCCCACUCUCAGAUGAAUGUCUGCACUCUCUUGUGCAGGGGAUGGACCCCACAGCUGCUGCGAGGAGACAAAACCCUCCAUGUGGCAGCAUCACCAGCACUGGGCUGAGCUGGCUGUGCCACCACAGCAGCCCAGUCUGAGCCCUGUGCCUCUGUGCCGGGGCUGUCCCCUCUGGGAACAUGCCAGCUGUGCUAUGUCACGGGGGCUCUGUGAGGGCACACACGUAGCCACAGUGGGGAAUAAGGGUUGCAGGUCUGGUGUGGACACCCCACAUCCUGCUCGGGGGCUGGACUGGGAUCUUGCUGCAGGAGGGAAAGGAGGAAUGAUAUCUCAGUGCCGGAAAGGCCGUUCUCCCUUGGGAGAGUGUCAGAGAUGGGAUCGCAUGGGAACAGGCUCCGGCACAGCCUGACGUGCAAGAGGCCACAGAGGCAGCUGUGGGGCGAAGACCCGGGGGCAACCGCAUCCCCCUUGGGGGGCAGAGGCUGCCCCACACCCACCCUGCCUGGCUGCCUGCGUCGUUCUGCACAGACACCCGGGGGUCAGGGGCUGCUCCACUUCU